GCCGGGCGGCGGGCGAGCGGGGAAAGAUGGCGGAGCUCGGUAAGAAGUACUGCGUGUACUGCCUGGCCGAGGUGAGCCCGCUGCGCUUCCGCUGCACCGAGUGCCAGGACAUCGAGCUGUGCCCCGAGUGCUUCUCGGCCGGCGCCGAGAUCGGCCACCACCGCCGCUACCACGGCUACCAGCUGGUGGACGGCGGCCGCUUCACGCUCUGGGGGCCCGAGGCCGAGGGCGGCUGGACCAGCCGCGAGGAGCAGCUGCUGCUGGACGCCAUCGAGCAGUUCGGCUUCGGCAACUGGGAAGACAUGGCCGCGCACGUCGGUGCUUCCCGGACCCCGCAGGAAGUGAUGGAGCACUAUGUGAGCAUGUACAUCCACGGGAACCUGGGCAAGGCCUGCAUCCCCGACACCAUCCCCAACCGCGUGACCGACCACACCUGCCCCAGCGGGGGGCCUCUCUCGCCCAGCCUCACCACACCGCUGCCUCCGCUGGACAUCUCGGUGGCAGAGCAGCAGCAGCUGGGCUACAUGCCACUGCGGGACGACUACGAGAUAGAGUACGACCAGGACGCGGAGACGCUCAUCAGCGGGCUCUCGGUGAACUACGACGACGACGACGUGGAGAUCGAGCUCAAGCGCGCCCACGUGGACAUGUACGUGCGCAAGCUGAAGGAGCGCCAGCGCCGCAAGAACAUCGCCCGCGACUACAACCUGGUGCCCGCCUUCCUGGGGAAGGAGCGGAAGGAGAAGGAGAGGGCGCCCAAGCGCAAGAUCACCAAGGAAGAGAAGGAGCUGCGGCUGAAGCUGCGGCCGCUCUACCAGUUCAUGUCGUGCAAGGAGUUUGACGACCUGUUUGAGAACAUGCACAAGGAGAAGAUGCUCCGAGCCAAAAUCCGAGAGCUGCAACGCUACCGGCGGAACGGGAUCACCAAGAUGGAGGAGUCGGCCGAGUACGAGGCCGCCAGGCACAAGCGGGAGCGGAGGAAGGAGAACAAAAACAUGGCCGGCUCCAAGAGGGGGAAGGAGGAUGGCAAGGACGGCGAGUUCGCAGCCAUCGAGAACCUCCCUGGGUUCGAGCUGUUGUCCGACCGUGAGAAGGUGCUGUGCAGCUCCUUGAACUUGAGCCCCGCGCGCUACGUGACGGUGAAGACCAUCAUCAUCAAAGACCACCUGCAGAAGCGGCAGGGCGUGCCCUCCAAAAGCCGCCUCCCCAGCUACCUGGACAAGGUCCUCAAGAAAAGGAUUCUGAACUUCCUCACGGAAAGCGGGUGGAUAGCCAGGGACGCCUCCUGAGGCCAGGGCGCCGCUGGAGCCGCUGUGAGUCGCCCACCGGGGCUGGGGGCGCACUUUUGCCCUUCCCCGGCCUCUGGUGUCAAGGUAUUGAUGCUCUCUCCAUCCUCUGAAAGAAGCAAUAGCAACAGUCUUACAUUGGAUCACGGGGGAGACAAAUACGUGUCUAUUUUAACUUCGUCCUAAAAGUAUCCUUUAAGGUGACGAACUGCCUUGUGUGUUCCGUGGGCAGAGGGCGGACGGGGCGGACGCUGGCCUUCUUUUGGGUGAGCCUUCCUCCCUUCAGGUGGGUGCCAGGGCCUGGGCUGCCCACCAUCAGCUCUGCCCUGGUGACACAAGCUCUUCUCAGGCAAGUUGCUGUUGGCGCCCCUUUUCUGAGCCCACUGCUGCCCCAGCUGACACCCCAACACAGCCCCGGCACGCAGCACUUUACCUGGAGGCAGGCCAUGCCCAGAGCUCUUCGCUGUGGAGGCCCAAGACCACCACCAGGCACACUGGCGCUGCGCCCCUGAAGAGGAAGAACCCCUCGUUGGCACAGUGAGCCUGGGGUUUCCCUGCCUCGUGUAGCACGGCCCGCCGGCCCUCCAUGCCUUCUUGCAUCCUUGUCCCUGGGAAGGCAAAGCGCUCGGGGAAGGGACACAGGGUUGUCAGGGGGCCGCUGCACCUGUAGGACGUCUUAGGCCAAUAGACCCUGCUUUACAAGGCAAGGCUGACGCCCGGGGCUCCAAGCCUGGGUGUCGGCUCCCUCAGGAUUUUCAGCCCAGUUGUACAUAGGACCGUGCUACCUGGCUAAGCAGAUGGUCCAGGGCAUGGCUGUGCCUACCAGCUGCUAGCUGGGCAGGGCCAGGGUCCAGCUCCAGGGGCUCUGGUGAGUGUGGGGAGCACUGGCUGUGCCUUGGAGCCCGGUGCUGCUUCUGUUCACUGUUGUGAAACAAACCCAGAAACAACUUCUCAGCCCAACUGGAAAGCUCGUUUCUGGGGCUCCCUUUAAGGUCGUACAUGGUACCUUCCUAAACCUGAGGAAGGCGUUUGUCUUCCCGCUGCUCAGGGUUCUUAUGCCCAGACCCUGCUUUAGAGUCCUGGAGUGACCACAGAUCCCACCCCACCUCCUGCUCCGUCAAGCUUAUCCUCCC